AUGACAAUCAACGAUGGUCUUGAUUCUAACUGGGAGUAUCACCAGAACAAUGUCGCCGUAGGGGCCAUGUUUCCGUCGAAGCGACAUAUGCAGGAUGCAAUAAUGAAGUGGGCAAUGGCGAGUCAGAGGCAGCUGAGAACAACCGUGUCAUCUGGAAAAUACCUGACGAUGGAAUGUGUGGACAUCAAUUGUCCCGGAAGGGUGCAUGGCUCGGCUGUUGUACACUCUGAAAUAGUGGAAGGGCAAGUCAUGAGAGUAAACGCCAUCCGGAAGAAUGUUAAGAAGCAUCAUUUUUACACCAUAUCUUAUGGCAAGGCUUGGAGGGCUAAGCAGAGGGCGAUGGAGAUGAGGUUUGGUUCGUUUCGAGACGCAUACGACGCUGUUGUUCGUUUGCUGCAGACGCUGCAGGCGAGGAAUCCAGACACAUAUGUGAACAUCCAGGGCAUGUUUUUGCAGGAGUACCCAUCUUACAGGGUUCUGCAUAGAGUCUAUUUCUCGUUCGGUGUAUGCAUCGAAUCAUUCAGACACUGUCGACCCGUGUUAUGUGUGGACGGCACGUUUCUGACUGGUCAGUACAAGGGUCAAAUCUUAACCGCCAUUGGAAUGGACGGAAACAAUCAAAUCGUGCCACUCGCUUUUGCUUUCGUGGAGAGUGAGAACACCGAAAGCUGGUUAUGGUUUUUCAGGCAGUUGAAGAUUUCAAUUGUAAAGGACAAGCCGAAUGUUUGCAUCCUUCAUGACGGGCAUGCAGGUAUCUCGAAAGCUAUUAAGACACCGAAAGAGCCUGGGCAAGAAACGCCAUGGAUUGACAUUGAGAGCCGUUGGUGCAUGCGCCACCUGGGGGCCAAUUUUUACACACAAUUCAGGAACAAGCCCCUUAUGAAUGUCUUCAAGCGGUUGUGCAUCCAGAACCAGCAGUGGAAGUAUAAUUUUUUGCGUAGCAAAGUGCAGGAGUACACUGCAGCCACGCGAGUGCGCCUCAUCCCGCCGACUGAUCCAGCUCAGGCGCCACCUGCGUCUAUGCACGAUAUGUACCCGACUCAGUCCACAGCCGGUAGUCGACAGCAUGCGGGUCAGCUGACUGCGGACUUACAGGAUGAAGUCGCUCGGUACACACGUCAAGUGUCCAGUGCACCUCUUCUGCAGCGUGACCAACAUGUGUCCUGGUUGAGGCGUCUCGAGGACAAGCUACGCGGGAUCUACUCGGCUAUCACAUGCAGCCGUAGUUCCGACGUCGUUCGGCGCCACCUCCUUCCACCGCGACCCUCCACACAGCAGCAGCCGACGGCCACAUCUCACACCGACCGCAACACCCGGACCACCACCUCCUGA